GGCGUAGGAAGUGCUUCCUGGGGGCCGACGAGGUCACAAAUCAUGUGAGGGCCGCUUGGGGAGGAACCUGUCUCCUAGUGUCCCUGAAGUGCCCGCAGAGAGAACCCGGGCAUUCCCGGGAGCGGAAACCCAGGCGUGGAGAUUGAUCCUGCGAGAGAAGGGGGUUCAUCAUGGCGGAUGACCUAAAGAGAUUCCUGUAUAAAAAAUUACCAAGUGUUGAAGGACUCCAUGCUAUUGUUGUGUCUGAUAGAGAUGGAGUGCCUGUUAUUAAAGUGGCCAAUGAUAAUGCUCCAGAACAUGCUUUGAGACCUGGCUUCUUAUCUACCUUUGCCCUUGCGACGGACCAAGGCAGCAAACUUGGACUCUCAAAAAACAAAAGUAUUAUCUGUUACUAUAAUACCUACCAGGUGGUUCAAUUUAAUCGUUUACCUUUGGUGGUGAGUUUCAUAGCCAGCAGCAAUGCUAAUACAGGACUAAUUGUCAGCCUAGAAAAGGAACUUGCACCAUUAUUUGAAGAAUUGAGACAAGUUGUGGAAGUUUCAUAAUCUGCCAGUGGUCUCGAUGUGUAUCUUCAUUAUACCAGACACAAUAUCAAUUCAGCAAUCUCUAGACCACAGUAGUUCUUGUAUCCGCUUUUCCAUCUUAUACUAAAGAAAGAACCUAUAGGUAUAAUUUCUGGACAGAUUGAUUGUUAUAUUUCCUUGUUUAUGGUCUUUUCUUAUUUAGUGAGAUCUAGGAAUACCACAGAAAUGGUUCAGUCUAUCACAGCUCCCAUGGAGUUAAGUUAGUUCAGUCAACAAAUAGGGAUGAGAUUCUCUUCAGUGGAUCAGAAUCAAAAUGGUACAUCGAUCUACUUGAACCAUUAAGUGCUCCCUAUUGUAAAAUAUGCCAGGCCUGCAAAAUGAAGCAGACCCUUUUUAUUGUGAAUAAUAAUGAGGACAUAUUUUUCUUCAUAUUAUGUUUUAUUUCUUUGCAUUGAAUGUGAGGGAAAUAAAAUGGCUUAGCAAAAGUAAUAAAAUCAGUACAAUCACUAA